AGGAGGCAUUGAGAAAAAAAUCUUGAUCAGAUUUGAAGACUUUAGUUUAACUGGGUGUGAAUUUAAAACAUCGAAAUGAUACUGGUGGAGACUUUUGUCUUUGGGAUGAUUUUUCUUCUCACAAAAGGAGUGAGAAGUGAGGAGACAGAGGUGGUUGGUGAGGCGGGUUCUCAGGUCGUGCUGCCCUGCAUAUGUGAAGCUGCACAAUGUGAUCCUGCUGCCAUAACCUGGAGCAAAGACAACAAAGGCACGGUGUGGAGAAAGGAGAGCAGCGGUCUGCAGUACUGGGGCUCUAGCUGGUUUAACAGGAAGAACUCCCGGGUGCAAUGCCCGCACUUUAAGUUUGCCAAAGGCGACUAUAGCCUGGAGAUCAACGAUCUGAAGGAAGACGACGCAGGACUUUACACAUGCAAGGUGGAAAUCAAAGGCUACUCAACUAACAAACAGAUCAUGCUUCGAAUCAUUAAAGCGUCCGUCUCUCCUUCGACUCCCAUGACGGGGGACGAUGUGUCCGUCCAAUGUUCAGUGACGCCUUGGCCUCAAAAUGCUGUAGUUUACUGGUCGUUGAACAAUAAGCCAUUUGCGCCAAAGACCCGAAUCUCAUCUGGAAGAGCUGUAGACAUACAGGCUUCGGAUAAGUUUGUAGGAACCUGGACUUGUUCUGUCCACUCUCAGACCACGUCCAAUGUUUGGAGCGCCUCAGUGGAGCUGUCUGUGACGGGAAUAAUCCAGCCUCCCAAACAAGACACCAAGUUGUAUGCAGCGUUGGGGUCUUCGUUCACAAUGCCCUGCGUCUUCUCCCCCAGCCUUUCCCCCACAGCGGUACUGGUGGAGAAACUGGACAGCGGAUUUCAAAUUUUCAACAACCGUUCAGCUUCUUCGUCCUCCUGGGACAAAUCCAUCGUAAUCCAGGAGGUUGUGCCUGAAAAUGAGGGCAGGUACAGGUGUGGAGGGACCAUACGAGGACGAAGACUGAGUCAGACGAUGCAGCUUAUUGUCGCGAAAAUUGUCAAGUCGAAGAAGAAAGGCACAACAAUGUUGAGCUGCCAACUGUCCGACCCGAGCGAAGUCUCCGAGUAUGAGUGGGUCCAUGUGAGCUACGACAUCAACGGCACCGAGUCGGUCGGACCGGUCCAGAUCGGACAGACGGUUCCUGUGAAGGAGGACUUUGGUGAAUGGACAUGUCGCUUCCUGGGGUCAAAUGGCCUUUUGGGGAAUGUGACCACCCAAGUUCACCUAAUGGCUGGUCUGAGUGGAGAAAAUUCAUCAGGCGUCUCCAGUAACAGCGGCACCGUGAUUGGGCUCAGCUUUCUCCUCGUCAUUCUGCUGCUGGUUCUCGCUCAGAUGUACAAGAAUCACCGAAGGAGGAGAAGGAUCUUGCAGUAUCCCGCACUGGAGACCAUCGUUCACACCAUCUCCAACGAGCGCGAAGAAAGAGAAAAGGAUCGAGUGAAAAAGUGACAAAACCCAUCCUACUA